GGGCUGACAGUUGUUAGUUGUGAAUUGUAAAUGCUGCAUCUUUGGUAUCAGGGAACCACGUUCCGGUGAUGAGAAACUUCUGAUCUCGGUAAUACGAUUUUUUAGAUGCUGCGAAGGCAUCUGCUUUCAUGGAAGGGUGAGAGGCCAUGGUGAAAGGGUGGUAGGAAUUCGGUACUGCAGCCUAUCGGUGAAAACACGUUAUUUCAGGUAAUAAUAUGGAUCCUGAGCCAGACUGUUCACCACUGGCAAAAAAAGUAAAAAUGACAGAUACAACCAAUGAAUGCAUCAUUCACUGUACCAGCGACAACAGCAGUUUAGUAAGUCUGUCAUCUACAGUGCGGUUACGUAAAAACUCAUUACACCAAAAUACGUCAGGACCAAUUCUACCAUUCAUCUGCAUUUUUUGUGAGAAAGAACAGAAGUACAAGCCGGGAAGUAGAACACGUGAGAAACUAGUGCAUUGUGUAGAGUUGAGACCAGUGAUACGAUCAAAGCGUAUGCUAUAUCGAAAGAUGACAGCAGAAUUGUUGGGUUAGCUGAGAUUAUGUGUUUCGUUUCAGCAGAAGCAAAGUACCAUUUUUCAUGUUAUGGUAAGUACACGCACAGUGAUAGUUCAGCAAUAUGAAAUAGCAGAAACGACCCUAGAAGAACAGGAAUUUCAGAAAUAUGCUAUUGUGGAAGAAGCUGUAUUUAGUGAACUUACUAAGUAUAUGGAAGAACUUCUUGAUAAUCCUAAAGUUGUGAGAUUUAUCGAGGUUACCAGCCGUUACGUUCAAUGUAUUAAGAACAAUGGAGUCUCAGAAGUGGAGUCUCACACCAAAAAAAACUUAAGACGGAAGUUGGAAAAUUUGUAUGGCUCCAAAAUUCAUUUCGUUUCUAACGAUAGUGGUCACCUGUUAAUGCUACCAAACAGUAUGUCAAGAGAUGAUUUAGUUCGAAUGAAUGACCAAUUAUCUGCAAAACUGAAAGCAAUAGAAACAUGUUCCGAUAAGAAUUUGAUUACUGCUGCAUGUAUAAUCCGUAAUGAAAACCUGCAACUUCAAAGUGGGAAUGUAUGGCCACCAACGCCUGAAGACCUGUCUGAAUUCCAUCUUCCAAAGAAUACCCAUCUGUUCCUGCAGUCUCUCUUGAGAGGGGAUAACAGAAUACAACAUUCCAGUAGAGUGUCUCGUUUAAUUUGGUCAUUCGGUCCAGAUUUUACUCAUGCUGUCACAGAGGGAAAGUUUAAAACUCCGAAGCAUAUUCUGCUCCCAUUUGCUCUUGAAUCCCUCUCUCGUAUAGUCGUUGAGUUAACUAAACUCCUAAAUAGAUGUGGUCAUGGACUUUCAUACUCCCAAAUCGGAGAAAUUGAGACAGCAAUAGCUAUGCAAACGAUUUCCGCUGGAGAAGAGCAACAUUUAGUAAUUCCAAGAAAUAUUGUUGCGAAUGCAUUUACACACCUCGCAUAGGAUAAUAUCGAUCGUUUGGAAGAAACUCUCUCAGGCGGUAGUACCACUCAUCGAGUUAAUGGGAUUAUAACCGCUUAUUCCGCUUUAGCAUAAGGUACAGAUACACAGGAGCAAAUAAUUAUUGACAGAAAGCUUAAACUACGAACCAUACCAAUGCUUGGAGCCUCUCUACAACCUUACAACCCUGACAGAAGUGUUGGCCCUAAUCAUUGUACACAAGAAAAUAAUCUUGAAAUCCAGAUGUAAAAACGUUUUGUGGACUAUGAAGCGCUGUAUUGAUCCCAAACACCAAGUCGUUCCCAGUUGGACAGGAUUUAAUAUCAAACUGCGAAAGGGCAUUGUAAUAAAUCCCACAGAAAUUGGAUACUUGCCAACAAUUGAUGCUCUAGUAACGAGUCUUACAACCGUUUAUGAAAUAAUGUGCCGUUCUUUAGCCAUAAAAGAAAAAUUACAGGUGGAA